AUGAGCUCGGUUCUAUCUAGUACCGCACAGAAAGUGCAAAAUAUUAUCUCAAAUCCCAUAGAUUCUAAUGAAAAGGCAGCCGACUUGAAACAGGACAUAGUUGAGUCACCUACGCCUGGAGAUGUUCUAUCAAGUGAUUUUGGUGUCAAAGCCAAAAGUCAUGAUAUAUGGCUAUCCAUUUCGACCGAGGAUAGAAAAGGGCCACAGCUUUUGGAGGAUGGGUUUUCCAGAGAAAAGAUCAUGAAGUUUGACCAUGAGCGCAUCCCUGAACGAGUCGUUCACGCUCGUGGAGUCGGAGCAUUUGGGCACUUCAAACUCUACGAAAGUGCCAGUGACGUUACUCAUGCUGCCGUUUUGACUGAUACCUCUCGGACUACACCUAUCUUUAUCCGCUUCUCGACUGUUCUAGGGAGCCGAGGAAGUGCAGAUACUGUCAGAGAUGUCAGAGGAUUUGCAGUCAAGUUUUAUACAGAGGAAGGAAAUUGGGAUAUAGUUGGUAAUAAUAUCCCAGUAUUCUUUAUCCAAGAUGCCAUGAAAUUCCCGGAUGUUAUUCAUGCUGAAGCAUUCCAGAUUUCACUGACGAGAUUAGAGCCGGAGCCAGACACUGAAAUACCACAAGCACAGAGCGCUCACAAUAAUUUCUGGGAUUUUCAGGCUCUACAUACCGAAGCAACCCAUAUGUUUAUGUGGGUUAUGAGCGAUAGAGCUAUUCCUAGAUCGUAUAGAAUGAUGCAAGGUUUUGGGGUUAAUACAUUUACACUUACCAAUGCUGCCGGUAUUCGAUCCUUUGUAAAAUUCCACUUCACACCCACUCUUGGUGUUCAUUCGCUGGUGUGGGAUGAAGCAUUAAAAAUUUGCGGUCAAGACCCUGAUUUUCAUCGCAAAGAUCUUUAUACGGCUAUAGAUAUGGGCGUGUUUCCCAGAUGGAAAUUUGGUAUACAAGUUUGUCCCGAGUCCCGGCAGGACGAGUUUGAAUUUGAUAUUCUUGACGCCACAAAAUUAUGGAAUGAAGAAUUAUUACCCAUUCGUUACAUUGGAGAGAUCGAGUUGAACAAAAAUGUUGACGAAUUCUUUACCCAAACAGAGCAAGUCGCAUUUUGUACGCAGCAUUUACCUCCAGGAAUAGGCUUUUCUGAUGACCCAUUGCUUCAGGGGCGUAAUUUUUCCUAUUUUGAUACUCAAUUAUCACGUUUGGGCGUCAACUGGCAGGAACUCCCAAUCAAUCGGCCUCUAUGUCCUGUUUUUAAUAAUCAUCGCGAUGGCCAAGGCUGCCACCGGAUUCAUCGAGGUAAUAUAAACUAUUGGCCAAAUCGAGCAUCUAUCUUGCCGCCAGCGACAUCUUCAGAUGAGGCAUACCACGAAUACCCAGAAACCGUUAUUGGUAUGAAGCAACGUUUGCACUCUAUAAAAUUUUCCGAACAUUAUAAGCAAGCACAAAGCUUUUACAAAUCUUUAUCAAAAAUUGAAAAAUACCAUCUUAUUUCAGCACUCAGUUUCGAAUUGGAUCACUGCGAUGAUAAGAUCGUGUAUCAAAAUGUUGUGUAUCGACUAGGCGAUAUUGACCUUGAGCUAGCGCAAGCAGUUGCUGAGAAGGUUGGGAGUCCUAGGCCCACAAGAGGAAACCGCUCUAUUGUUGGUGAAAAGAUGAAGGGCUUGUCGCAGAUGGAUUUUACUGUUGAGGCUCUCGGCUUUGCUCCAACAAUUUCUUCUCGCAGAGUCGCUAUCAUCAUUGGCGAGGGAUACAACUUCCUACACUACACAUCCGUAAAGAAAGCCCUGGAAGCUGCAGGAGCGUUUGUAUCUACUAUUGGUCCGAAGCGUCAGCCGAUAAAAAGUUUGACUUUUGAAGAUGUUAUCCCAGAUCAUCAUUUUGAAGGAAUGCGCAGUACUCUGUAUGAUUCACUCUACAUUCCUGAUGGUAACCAGAUUUCUUCUUUGAUUGAACAAGGUCGUGUAAUUCACUGGCUUCGGGAAGCAUUUGGGCACUGUAAAGCUAUUGGUGCUACCGGCAAAGCAGUUAAGCUAGUUGAAAAGGCGUGUUCUGUGAGGGGAAUGAAUUUUAGUCGUAAUUCUGAAGUCGUUGAUAGUUAUGGUGUUGUUACGGUUGAGAAUGUCGAAGGACCUGGAACCCUUGGGGCGCUGGUUCAAUUAACCGGGGAUGGAAAGUCUUUUGUAGAAACGUAUGCCCUGAGUAUAUCGCGGCAUCGAAAUUUUCAGCGAGAGCUUGAUGGACUUACUAGUAUGGUGGCAUAUUAA